GGGGGGGAUGGAGGCGGUGUAAGGCUGGGAGCUGGAUGAAGCCGGAAGAGGAAGUCCAGUGAAUUACCAACCAGGCGAGAUGAGUGGCUUGGGAAAGCUCUUCGGGAAGGGUAAGAAGGCCAAAGCCCCUACCCCGCAGGAGGCCAUCCAGAAGCUGCGGGAGACGGAGGAGGUGCUUGUCAAGAAACAAGAAUUCCUGGAGCAAAAGAUCCAGCAGGAACUUCACUCGGCCAAGAAACAUGGGACGAAAAACAAGAGAGCUGCCCUGCAAGCCCUCAAGCGGAAGAAACGCUACGAGCAGCAGCUGGGGCAGAUCGACGGGACCCUCUCCACCAUUGAGUUCCAGCGCGAGGCUCUGGAGAACGCCACCACCAACACUGAAGUGCUCAAGACCAUGUCAGACGCAGCCCGGGCCAUGAAGGAAGCCCAUCAGCACAUGGACAUUGACAAAGUGGACGACCUGAUGGCUGAGAUCACAGAACAGCAGGACAUCGCCCAGCAGAUCUCGGACGCCAUCUCAAAGCCCGUCGGCUUUGGGGACGAUGUAGAUGAGGAUGAGCUGCUAGCUGAGCUGGAGGAGAUGGAGCAGGAAGACUUGGACAAGGAGCUUCUGAAUGUUGGGGAACCGACCCCCGAACUGCCCACCGUGCCUGCCUCUCGCCUGCCCAGUGUGCCAGCCUCCAAAGUGCCCGCCUCUGCGGUGGACGACGACGACGAAGAAAUGAAGCAGCUCGCCGCCUGGCUGGGCUUCUCCGGGUUCUUAACCCCCUUGAUCUGCCCGGUGCUGCGCGUUCGGCUGGCGCCCUUCUUUUUGUCCGGCGUGAAGGUGAGGGAGCGGGACCUGGUGCUGGGCGUGGUGGCGUUCUUGCUGGUGUCGGCUGCCCGGGGUCCGCAGAUCGCUUCCAGGGCCUUGAUCUCGGUGGUUGGCUUCUCAGCCAGGAACUUGAGCACCCAAGGGACUUUCAACACCUCCAGGAUGUUCAGCCGCUUGGAAGCCGGGCGGAGGAUGCGGUGGACCAAUUCCUGCAGGGGCGAGAGAGACAGGCGGUCCCGGUUUAACCGCUACGAAGGAGGAGGAUGCCGCCGGAUCAGGUGUCGUGCCGCUCACCUUGAUUUCCUCGUUGAGCUGGAGGUGGUUGGGGAAGUUCACCUCCUUCUGUGUCUCCCGGAGCAGCUUCUUGAGGUUGGUGUCGUCGAAGGGCAGGUGGGCCACCACCAAGGUGUAGAGGAUGACCCCCAUGCUCCAGAUGUCGGAGAGGAAUGGGUUGUAGGGCAGGCCCAGCAAGAUCUCCGGGCAAGCGUAGGCGAAGCUGCCGCAGUACGUCUGGCUCAGGUGCGAGAAGCAGCUCAUCAUGCGUGGGGCCAGGCGAGGUCAUGGGAAGCCCCUGGGGCUGAGAGGCGCUCCCCUUCACCCUCUGCGCCUGGAGACCCCCGCUUCCUCUCCCCCCGCCCCCGGGCAGAAGGAGUUGCAAGACCCUCAGGCAGCGCCAAGGGCAGCCCUAGAGAGAGAGAGCCCUGGCCCAGUUCCCACUCCCCUUUCUCCUGUUACCACCCCAUGAUGGCCCGCCCCCCGUUUCUUGUCCUCCUCCUCUUCCUCCUUUCCCUCUUAUCCACGGCCUCUUCAGAGACCCACUAUCAGCGGGGGGACCCAGUGAUGCUUUACGUCAACAAAGUGGGACCUUACCACAACCCCCAAGAGACCUACCAUUAUUACCAGCUCCCCGUGUGCUCCCCGGAGAAUAUCCGCCACAAGAGCCUUACCUUGGGGGAGGUGCUGGAUGGAGACCGCAUGGCCGAGUCGAUGUACGAGAUCCGUUUCCGGGAGAACGUGGACAAGAAGGUCCUCUGCGAAAUGAAGCUCACCCCUGAGCAGGUGGAGCAUCUCCGGCAAGCCAUUGAAGAGCUAUACUACUUUGAGUUUGUGGUGGACGACCUGCCUCUCCGCGGCUUUGUGGGGUACAUGGAGGAAAGCGGCUUCCUGCCCCACACCCACAAGAUCGGCCUCUGGACCCAUCUGGACUUCCACCUGGAGUGGAACAGCGACCGCAUCAUCUAUGCCAACGUCAGCGUCCGCAACGUCAAGCCCACCAGCCUGGACGACGUCCGCAGCGUCCUCCCCAUCGCCCACACCUACAGCGUCCGCUGGUCCGAGACGGCGCUGGAGCGGCGAGGCGACCGGCGAGGCAGCCGCGACGACGGCUUCUUCCCCCGCACCUUGGAGAUCCACUGGCUCUCCAUCAUCAACUCCAUGGUCCUGGUCUUCCUGCUGGUGGGCUUUGUCGUCGUCAUCCUCAUGAGGGUGCUCAAGAACGACCUGGCACGCUACAACCUGGACGAGGAGGCCUCCACCUCGUCCUCGGGCGACGACUUCGACCAGGGCGACAACGGCUGGAAGAUCAUCCACACGGACGUCUUCCGCUUCCCGGCCUGCCGCAGCCUCCUCUGCGCCGUCUUGGGCGUGGGCAGCCAGUUCCUAGCUCUGGGCACGGGGAUCAUCGUCAUGGCUCUCCUGGGCAUGUUCAACGUCCACCGGCACGGCGCCAUCAACUCGGCUGCCAUCCUGCUCUAUGCCCUCACCUGCUGCAUUUCCGGCUACGUCUCCAGCAACUUCUACCGCCAGAUCGGGGGCGAGCGUUGGGUCUGGAACAUACUGCUCACCACCAGCCUUUUCUCCGCUCCCUUUUUCCUGACGUGGAGUGUCGUCAACUCAGUGCACUGGGCCAACGGGUCAACACAGGCUCUGCCGGCCACCACCAUCCUGCUCUUGCUGACCGUCUGGCUGCUGGUGGGCUUCCCUCUCACCGUCAUCGGCGGCAUCUUCGGCAAGAACCGGGCGGGGCCCUUUGACGCCCCCUGCCGCACCAAGAACAUUGCCCGGGAAAUCCCGCCCCAGCCUUGGUACAAGUCCACACUGGUUCAUAUGACCAUCGGGGGCUUCCUCCCCUUCAGCGCCAUUUCUGUGGAGCUCUACUACAUCUUCGCCACGGUGUGGGGCCGGGAGCAGUACACCCUGUACGGGAUCCUCUUCUUCGUCUUCGCCAUCCUCCUCAGCGUGGGCGCCUGCAUCUCCAUCGCCCUCACCUACUUCCAGCUCUCGGGCGAGGACUACCGCUGGUGGUGGCGCUCGGUGCUCAGCGCGGGCUCCACCGGCCUCUUCAUCUUCCUCUACUCCGUCUUCUACUACUCCCGCCGCUCCAACAUGUCGGGCGCGGUGCAGACGGUGGAGUUCUUCGGUUACUCCCUCCUGACGGGCUACGUCUUCUUCCUCAUGCUGGGCACCAUCUCCUUCUUCGCCUCCCUCAAGUUCAUCCGCUACAUAUACGUCAACCUCAAGAUGGACUGAGUGCCUGCCCCCCUCCCUGCGCUCUCAUUGGCUGUAGCCGUCGCAGAGCUCUGCUUCCCCGUUGGCUAGGACAGGCGUGGCUCAAAGGCGCGGCCUCCCGGUUAGCUGGGAGAUCAGCUGAGCUCGAGGAAACCGGGCUUUUUAAUGAUCCGUCUCUCUCGUUAGCUGGGAUCGGUUUCCGAGAGCUCCCCAGCUCUCCACAGCGGCGGUUGCUUGAUUGCCGGGAAGCAGCAGGAAACGGGAUCCAUAAUCCCUCCUCUCCUGUUGGUCAGGGCAGCUAAUCCAUCAGCGAGCCUGUCAAUCUGGCCAAUUAGUGAACACUGCAACAAAUUUCCUCUUUCUCUCUUUUUAUUAAAAAAAUUGGUCGAAACUGCAGUUUGUGCGCUUUGGGGGCGGGAAUUAUGGUUUGUUACUCCCUUUAAACGGGUUGAAAUGUGACCAAUCAGGAGAGCUCUCUUCCUAUUGGCUGGGCGGCCUGGUCAGCUGACCAAUGCCGGGCUCGGUUAGCCAAUCAUGCUCCUUCCCUUCCAAAGGGAAGUCUGGCUCUUGGCGGCUGACCAGCUGGAAACGGUGAAGAUGGUUCUGCCUCGAUUCGCUUCCUUCAGAGCUUUUAUGCAAUCUGGUGACAGGUCCCAGCCAAUCACAUUCAAAAUGAAAACUGGCCCCUACAAGGACCGGCAGGGCCGGCCCUGCAGAUGGAAAUUGCCCCAGCAACCGGCACCACCUUGUCCCUCGGGGUUUCCCCCUCUACGGGAUUCUUAAUGUGGGAGAGAAUUGGCAGAGGAUAGUGGUUUCCUCUGACCAGAGACCUUCCCGGGGGGCUAGGUUAAAAUGGAUCUCUCCAUGUUGGAGGGGAAGAGGGGGACAGAGAAAGAGUCUUGUAUUUGGCGGGCCUUCCCCUGCAGCUUUUUAAGGAUCCCCCCCUUUGCAUGUCGUAGGAUAGGCUGCACCAGUGUUUGGGAAUCCCCUAUGUUGUUGGACUACAACUCCCAUCAUCCCCUGCCAUCUUCGCCAAUGGUCACGGAUGAUGGGAGUUGUAGUCCAACGUCUUCUGGCUUGGAGAACACUGGUCAACCGCUUCAGAAGGGGAUCCACAGCAAGGGAUCCAGCCUCUUCCGUGGAUUUGUUUCACCAGCUGCCGCCACCACCUCAUGGACAAGGUAGUCCCCCUCCAGUCAGAGGUCUCCCUGCAUUGCCAAUACCUUUUCUCUCUCCCUCUCUCCUACAUUGCCUCCUUGUUACUCCCAAGGUGCCUGGGGCUGUUACAGUCUGGGCGGGGGAAGAAGCUGUCUCUUCGCCUUCCGCCACAGUCAAGGAAAUGCCUAUAAUUAUAUAUGGAAAUUAUAUAUGUGAGGAGUUAUGUAUAUUUAGCAAGGAUCAGAGCUAGGGUUUUGUUUUGUUUUUUAAUUUGAUUUUUGUUUCGUUCCAACCGUUUCUUUUUACAGAUCUUGAAAUUCAACUUUAUUAAUUAAAAAGAAAAAAACCCAAAAAACCUAGCUGCAAGA